UCGAUCGUGCUCACGGUGCGUGAGAUCAUGGCCGCCGGCAACUUGUUCCGUUGCCGCAGCUUCCAUGCCGGCACCCUCUCCGGUGCUUUAUUGGUCGUUGCUGGUUUCUGCCAACUAUGCAAAUUGUCACCUACCCUUUUCAUGGAUAUUGUUCUUGGAUAUAUAUUCUACAAGUUAAGUAUCUUAUCAGGGAAGCUGCAAAGGAGUGGCAGGGCAUUCGACAUAUGUGCACGAAUACAGCUAGUUCUGUUACUUAUAUUAGCUUUCAAGGAUAACAGUGCUUUUCAGGGCUUCUACGGCUUUCUUGUGGAACAAAUCUGGUGGCUUAAUGUUUAUCUGUAUUCAACGAUGGCCUAUGAUGGAGUCGUCGGUGUGAAGCAUACCAGAGGGUACUGGCUUGGGAUUUACAGAUUACUGCGAGUGAAAGGUGGUCUGAUGAAGGUAUUGAGGGGUACCUUUCAUGAUCUAAUUGAGAAAGCUAGCGUACCAAGACAUCCGAAUGCUCGGAAGAAACACAAAGUACCAUCAAGAAGACGCAAAUAGAGUGGACACCUCUUGGCUGCCGGCGGUGGUGUGUUAGAAUCGUUUGAUGUACAAAUUGGUGCGCCUCUAGUGGGAUUGC